AUGACACCGUAUCGUAUCAAGUCUGUCCAAUUUCUCGCAAUGACUGGACCUCUCGAUUAUAAAUUCAUCUUCAGAUCGCCAAAGCUGUCCUACACGGAUAACGUAUUCAUCUUAUCGUUCCAAGAUCGCGUAUGGUUGUCGAUCGGAGGGAUGGUCCUGCUCGCAGCCACGCUGCAGCUCAUUAUCACACGCUUCGAUGAACAACUGGAAUCCAAUUACCCGGAUGAUGCCGAGCAGAUCGGGUUCAGCGAAACUGUGUUGAGCAUGAUCGGAAUCGCCAGUCAACAGGAAGCGCUGGUCCGAUUGGAAUCGGUUUCGUCCCGUACGUUGAACAUUGUCAUGUUGAUCAGUUUGAUGUUUCUGUACAUCAGUUUUUCGGCAAACAUUGUGGCACUGAUCCAGUCGCCUUCGACCAGGGUUCGAACACUCGGGGAUCUGAUGCGGUGGAAAUUCGACCUAACGGCGCAGGACAAUGCCAUCAAUAGGAUGGUUAUGAUGAACGACACUGAUCCCCUAAGACAUGCGGUCUAUGCAAAAAUUCAACAAUCCAAUGGACUCAUUUCCGUUGCUAAUGGAACCGAACGAAUACGGCGAGGACUCGCCGCAUUCCACGGUGACACGGAUCAGAUCUAUCGCUAUAUGAUUGAACACUACAGCGAGGACGAGAAGUGUAAUUUAAAUGAAAUAAACGCUAUACAACCACUACAUGGAUACUACAGUGUGGCGAAGGAUUCACCACUUAUGGAACACGUGAAAUACGGCCUCUUAAAAGUACGUGAGCUGGGAUUCCUGCAGAAGCAAAUCGCCAUUCACUAUCAACGGAAGCCACCCUGCAUCGGAGACAAUUUAUUCGCUCCUGUUUCCAUGAUCGAUGCCAUUUUCACCAUCCAACUGAUGGGAUGGGCUCUGAUAAUUACGACCGGUAUUUUUGUACUGGAAAUUACCUGGAAGCGGUUCGGCAUACGAUCACUUGCCCGAGAGUGGAUAAAGCGGAAAAUCCCGGACCAAUGACGGUAGACAAACGUCUGGUAGCUACGACAGAUCCAGUUUUAAUUCAACAUGCGAGCAAUGCAGAUCGAUAGCAAAAAUGUCUUGCACCGAAAGCGAUAUGAAUCGGCUAUAUAGAAUGGUGAACAACUCGUACCUGGCCGACGUUAAAUUUCUGGUGGGCAGCUCAAG